AAAAAUAGUGAAAUUUAGUGUUAACAAAAUGUAUAAAAUAGUGAAGCAAUGUUGUAGCAUAAAAAACUAUCCGAAAUAUGUGUUAAAAGCUAAAUAUUCCUCAACACCGCCCACCGCAACUGCAGUUAGCAAAUUGUCUUUUGAUGAUUUUGUGUUGCAGCGCCAGCAACAGGCUACGCGCAGUGUGGUGGUGCAAGUUAGUUCUGAAAAGUCUUUUCCUGAGUUAUACAACUACUGCAGUUCGUACGGCAACAUAGUGGGAGCCCAUCAUUAUUGUGUGCGGCAUGAUGAUGUGCAGCAUUAUAUAUUGUUGGAAUAUGAAAACAGCCAACAGGCUUUAGAGGCCAUAGAUUCCUCGGCCUAUAAUGAGGACUUCAUAGGUGUGCCAGCUAGAUCGCCCUUUUUGUGGUUUAGAGCAACUGGCAAAAAGGCCUUAAAACAAAAGCCUUUGGAAACUGCCGACAAAUCCAACUUGGUUGUGUUGGAUGGCAAUAAUAUAGUGGAAAUGAGUGAUUUGAAUAGGGUAUUAAAGGAGUGUCCCCACAUAGAACUGCAAUUGAUGGAGCUAUAUAAACGCUCUAAAUUAAAUGAUUUAGGCAUACGUUUAAGAUUUCUGGCCGCCUAUCAGGUGCAAAAGGCCAUAUCGGGCAUGUUCCCUUUGGCAAAUGCUCUGCCCUUCGGUUCUUCGGUCAAUGGUUUUGGCAAAAUGGGCUGUGAUUUAGAUUUAAUAUUACGCUUGGAUCAUGAGUGCAAAGGUCCAGAGGCCAGAAAAAGGCCCGAUUCACGUUUAGUGUUUCACACCAAAGAGAAUCUAACAAAUGGUCGUUCGCAGACCCAACGGCAAAUGGAAAGUAUUGGUGAUAUGUUGCAACUGUUUCUGCCGGGAGUGUGUCAUGUCAGGCGUAUUUUGCAGGCCAGAGUACCCAUUAUAAAGUAUCAUCAUGAGCAUUUAAAUUUGGAAAUUGAUCUGUCUAUGAGUAAUCUUUCGGGUUUUUAUAUGUCAGAACUUUUGUACAUGUUUGGCGAGUUCGAUGAACGUGUAAAACCCUUAACCUUCUGCAUACGUCGUUGGGCCAGUUCCUGUGGUCUCACCAAUCCCUCACCUGGACGUUGGAUCUCGAAUUUCUCCUUAACCUGUCUGGUCAUUUUCUUUUUGCAACAAACCAAACAACCAGUAUUGCCCGCCAUAAAUACCCUUAUCAAAGCGGCCUCACAAGAUGAUGUACGCAUUACCGAGGACGGUAUAAAUUGUACUUUUGCCCGUGACUUUCAGUCGGUGGGUUUUCGUAGUAACAAUACUAGUAAAACUAGUGAAUUGUUAUUGCAAUUCUUUGAAUUCUAUUCACAAUUUGAUUUUCAAAAUAAAGCCAUUUCGCUAAAUGAGGGCAGAGCCAUAAACAAACCUGAUCAUGCUGCUUUGUAUAUAGUAAAUCCCUUGGAACAGUUGAUGAAUGUAAGUAAAAAUGUUAGCUUGGAGGAAUGUGAACGUUUACGCAUAGAAGUGCGUAAUGCUGCCUGGGUAUUAGAGUCUGAAGUGGAGAAUCAAUAUCAAGGCGAAGUGGAUAAAACACAAGAACCCUGGGGCCUGCUGAACUUAUUUAAAACGCCCGAGAAGACUAUAAUACGGCCGAAUAUGUUCUUUAAGCCGCGCAUUUUAGAAAUUAGUGAUUUAUUUGAUAAAACGGAAACACAACAAGCGGGCAAUUCAGUUACCUCUACCUCAAUGGGUUUAAAAAAUAACCAAGUCAAACAACAAAUAGAUAAUAUUAAGACUAGCGCACGCCAGGAUAUGAAACAAAUGCGUUUGAAUGCCUCAUCUUCAUCCCCAGCUUCAGCAGCAAAGUCAGCCUCUUCUACAACAUCUAAAGGCUCAAAAAGAAGUAGAUGAGAAGAUGUGUAAAGCGUACAAGAAAGACAUUUUAAGUAUGUCGUUUGGACUGCCCCGGGACUAAACUAGUAAUUAAAAUUGUUUGUUAUUUAAGUUAUAAGUUUUACAAAUUAUCCUAAAAUAUAACGAUAAGUAAGAAGUA